AUGGCCCAACAAACACAAAAUGUUAUGCGGAGGAAACUGGUCAUAAUUGGAGAUGGAGCUUGUGGGAAAACAUCCCUCUUGAGUGUGUUCACUCUCGGAUACUUUCCAACGCAUUACGUCCCAACCGUCUUCGAAAAUUAUGUCACAGAUUGCAGAGUGGACGGAAAGAGUGUUCAAUUGGCAUUGUGGGAUACAGCAGGACAAGAAGAUUACGAGAGACUAAGACCUUUGGCGUACUCGAAAGCCCAUGUUAUAUUGAUUGGAUUCUCAAUUGAUACGCCCGAUUCUCUGGAUAACGUCAAGCACAAGUGGGUUGAAGAAGCAAACGAGCGAUGCCCCAACGUUCCGAUUAUCCUAGUAGGCCUCAAGAAGGAUCUCCGUGAAGAUCCAGUCGCGAUUGAAGAGAUGCGAAAGAAGUCGCAACACUUUGUCACAACUCGAGAAGCAACUGAGAUUGCACACGACAUCGGAGCUAGGAAAUAUCUUGAAUGCUCCUCUUUGACUGGAGAAGGAGUCGAUGAUGUUUUCGAGGCCGCAACACGAGCUGCUUUACUCACUUUCGAGAAAGGGGAGGGUGGCGGAUGCUGUGUUGUGCUGUGA